GUCGACGCAACACUGGCUGCACAGCCCAGCCAGCGGCCAUGAAGCAGAGGCAACGGAGUAGAGGAAGAUGCGAGUUUGCGCCGAGCAAUUUUGGCAGAGCGCGGCACGACGAUACACUUCGAUCAGACAUGCGAUUCCGUCUGACUGCUGCCGGCGCUUCAUGUGCAGCAGACGCAGGGUUCGGAGACUCCGAAAGCCGCAGCUCUGAGCUGGAGCGGACCGCAUUUUGCUAGAAUCUAGAGUUAUAGUGCCGCGUUGAGGCUUGCGUCUGGUUGCAAAUUUUGGCAGCGCUCGCGCUGGUGUUUGAUCAGCGCCGUAGCAGCGGUUCCGCACUCGUUCGAUCGGCACUUCGUGGGUCGAUCGUUUCUCAUCCUCCGUUGUGGUCUUGAGCCCCCAGGACCGGAUGAGAAGUGAGUGAGUUGUGGAAAUACCGGCUUUUUUGUUUAAUCGGAUUUAGGUAGUUCGCUCGGCUCGGCCUUGAGCUGAUAGCAGGAUCUGUGCAGUUGGUCCAGGGGUACACAUAUUUCGGGAAUCUGGAGCAGACUUGGUUCCUGGUGGAAAAUUUUGGCACAUUUUUGAAUUGGCCAAAACUCGGGGGUGGAGGAUCUGCAGAGGAUGAGAUGGCAGUCUGCCUUUUAGGGUUUUAGUGUGAAUUGGUAGGAAGUUUUGGCGGAAGGAGGAGCAGGUUGUAAACAUGAGGAGAAUGAUGGCGAAGAAGGGUUCCGACAGGAUGGUGGUGGUAUCAAUGCAGGCUGUGGUCGCUCUACUGUGCGUUGUUGCGGCGUACAUCGAGAUAUGUGAUGCAGCUGCCGUAGUAGAUGUUUAUCGCAUGAUACAGUAUGAUUUUCAAGGCACACCAUUCGGUUCACGCCGAGCAGUUGUCAACCAUCAUGCAAGCUCUGGAUUGUCGGUGCCGGGAUCGGAUCUUUCACGCACAAUAGUGAUCCUUCCGAUUGACAAAGUGAACGUUACUCUUCUGAAUGAAUAUCUCCAGAGUCGGAAAAUGCUGGGUGGUUUGCUUUUGAUUCUACCACGCAACUUUGAGAACGGGGGUAAAUCAUCUGGCGAAUCUGACAGUGAGGAUUCAGAUGGAGAUCAACCUGCAGAUGUUGCAGCUCUUGAGCAGUGGCUCAUUCACAACAAUAUACCGUACCCUGUGUACUUUGCGUACUCAGAUGAAAGGAUUGACAGUGUAUUGAAGGAUGUUCAACUUAAUGAUGCUGCUGGAAGGCCUGCAACUGCUUCUACUGGAGGAUACAAACUGGUCGUGCCAGUAUCAGAUGCAAAGAAGGUGCCCUCUGCGUCUUACACAAAUAUUCAGGGAUGGCUGUGGGGUUUGAAAGGCGAUGGAGACAUUGCAGGUUUACCCACCAUUGCCAUCGUAGCUUCGUACGACACCUUCGGAGCUGCGCCUGCCUUAGCUGUGGGAAGUGACAGCAACGGCAGUGGCGUGGUUGCUUUACUGGAGUUAGCGAGAUUGUUCUCCCGUUUGUAUGCCAAUUCCAAGACAAGAGCUCCUUACAAUCUGCUUUUCGGAUUGACCUCUGGCGGACCUUUUAACUAUAAUGGCACAGCCAGGUGGUUGCGUGGCUUUGAUCAAAGAGUUCGAGAGAACAUAGACUACGCCUUGUGCCUGAACAGUAUCGGGGAUGCGGACAACUUGCGGAUGCAUGUAUCUAAGCCUCCAGAAAACCCUUUCAUCAAGCAAAUAUAUGACAAUAUUGCAGAUGUGGCUAGGGACGUUGGUGUUACAGUUGAGAUCAAGCAUAAGAAGAUCAACAUUUCGAACUCACGGGUAGCGUGGGAACAUGAGCAAUUUUCAAGGCAUAGAAUUACUGCAGCAACACUUUCAGGAUUGGAAACGGCACCUAGUUUUCUUGAUCGAGUUGGAGGCAUCGCUGAUCGGAGGUACUCUGCCAAUGACACUGUCGUCGCUCGCAACAUCAAGAUCGUUGCUGAAAGUCUUGCCAAACAUAUUUAUGGUCUUGAAGGGAAGAAUAUCGAGGUUUUUGCUGAUGGUAGUAGCCUUGCUGUCAGCCCUCCAUAUGUGAAACUUUGGCUGGAUUUGCUUUCCCGGACUCCACGAGUUGCCCCUUUUCUUGGGAAAAAUGCUCCUAUCAUUGCUGCGAUACAAAAGGAGUUGGCUGUUCACACAAAGGACGUGAGUCUCCAACAUGAUAAUCUGGACGGUACCUUUUUGUUCUACGAUACAAUCAAGGCUCAAUUAAGUAUUUAUCAGGUUGCAAGUGUAACCUUUGAUUUGUUCAUCAUGCUCGCUGUUGGUUCGUAUCUGGGAAUUUUGUUCCUAGUUCUUGUAAUUACUACCAAGGGUUUUGAUGAUUUGGUGGGAGCUUUCAGAAGGCCUCCAUCACGGAAGUUGAAGGGCAACUGAGUGCAGGGUAUCUUCGAUUUGCGAAGUUUGAUUGACAACUUCUCUCAGAUAUUGCGCAGAAGCUUUAGCUCUAAUUGAUUCGUCCAGAUCAGCGCUCAAGGGCCUCUCUCCCCAAUUUAACCGCGGUUUAGUUUUUAAUUUGGAAGAGUGUGGAAAUUUCCAGGCAGGGAUGAACGGGUCCUCAUUCUUCACCCUCUUGGGCAGCAUUGCGUAAUUACUUCUGAAUGAAGAGAUAGUUACCGUCUUCCCUCAUGACGUUGAUGUUCGAGAUGGAAGCCGAGUGUUCCUUCUUUGACUUGCACCACUUGAUUGCAUGUUUGUCUCAGCAGAUAGCCGUACCCAAUGACACCGUCACAUUCUUUGGAGAGAACAAUCAUGGAAUUGUCUUUGAGAUGUUUUCGAUUUC